AUGACGUCCGUUGAGGAAUCGGUAUUUGACGUUUUAAAAAAUGAUGAUUUUCUCAAAAACUUUAUAACCCCAAGUAACAAUGUUUCAAUGGAACAAUGUAGUCAGAUUUUAUCAGUUAAUGAGCAGGUUUUAAAGUUAUGUGAAGGUAUUGAAGCAUUAAAUAAAGAAAUACAAAGACAAGUAUCUGAAAAUCAUGAAGAUUUACUAUUUCAUGCUACUUGGAUAGAAAAACUUGAAGACGUAAUGGAAAUGAUGUCGGUACAUAUGCAGUCCUUGAUUUCAGGCACAGAACGUAUUUCAUCUAAAAUAAUAGAACCUUUUCAAAAAAUGGAACAGCAAAAUUUAAUUAUGGAAAAUAUCUUAAAAACUUUGGACAUUUUAAGAAAAAUCGCUAGAGUAUUAGUUGUUUCUCAUCGAUUGCCACUUCACAUUUCUUCUGAAGCUGACAUCCUUAAAAUUUCUCAAAAUAUUAGAGAACUUGAUCAACUCUGGGUUGAAAAGGAUUUAUCCAAUUUAAAAAUUUUAGAAUCGAAUCAAAGGACAUUAAAAACCAUCAGAAAUGAUGUAAGUGAAAAAACAAAAGUACAACUUGUAUCAGGCAUAAAAAAGCAAAAAAUGGAACAAAUUAGUCAAUCUGUUCAAAUAUUGUAUAAUUUAAAUAUGCUUGUGACUUCAGUUAGUGAUUUUGUAAAUUCUUCGUUAAACUCGUUAAAACAAUUAAUUACUGAUAAUUUAAAUACUUUAUUGGAUUCAGCAAAACCUAAAAGUGGAUCCAGUACAGAAUUAUCUAAACGAGGCCCAGGAAAAGCUGCAAUGCCAUCAAUGGGGAACACACUGUCAUUUCGUCCUAGACUGUGGUCAGCUCUUGAUGAAAUAUUUGAUGUUAUUUAUUCAUAUGCUAUUGAAAUUGAAAUUUUAGAGGCUAGUUUAUAUCAAAGCAAAAAUGACUUUACAAACAUAAAAUCUCAGAAUUUUAUCGAAAUAUUUCCUGAAAAUAAAAGGGAAAUCACUCAAAAUUUUUGGUUGUCGAUUAAUUCAUAUUUAGGCGAUCAACUCAUUAAAAGUUCCAAGUCUUGCAAAUUUAUAAGGGAAGCAUUAGAAGGAGAAUACCCUAGAUUUUUGAGAUUAUACAUAGAUCUAUGUAAAAAAUUACAAACAUAUGAAAAACCGGAAAAUUUUUCUUAUAAUUUUGUUAUAUGUAAAAAUGUAAUAGCAACAUUCGAGCAGGCUUACCUAUCUAACCUGGAUUCAGUUGUUUCAUUUCCUGUGCAUAAUAUGUUUUCUUUGGAUGUCGUACCCAAACUCGUGCCCAGCACAGAAGACAUUGAUACUUUAAUAAGAAUCAUUAGGAGUGAACUUUCUGUAGCUUUGUUUGAUGCAAAUUUAAGUUCUACAAUUGCUAGAAAUAUUACCAAAUCAAUUGGAAUAUUUUGUAAUCUUUGCGAAGAACAUAUUGUUGUUCAGGGACCAGAUGCUGUUCAAGUUAUAGGUCCCAGAAAAGCAGCACAAGAUAGAAAUAUUGAAAUUUCAAAUCGUUUGGAAUAUUUAAAAUUGAAAUUAAAAAGUGUUACAUCUAAUUUAGGAAAAAAUACAGAUGCAGCAGACAUUUUAAAUUUAUCAUUGGUCACUUAUGCAGAUAGUUUGAUCACAAAAAUAAUUAGCGGAAUGCUUGAUUCGAUUGUGCAAGCCAUUAAGAAAAUAAUUUCGACUAUUCAUGUGGAAGAUUUUUCUAGGGAAGAAGAAAAAGAAAAUUCUAUUUCUCUGUAUAUGAGAGAACUAACUGCAUUUGUUUCAAGGGCAUAUAGUAAUUAUUUGAAACCUUUUGAAAGUCAAGAUGUAUUAAAAAAAUGUUGUGCAGAAUCGGGAAUGAGUUGUAUAAAAUUCUUUUUGAGGCACAUUUCAUUAAUUAGGCCUCUGGGCUCAGGAGGUAGGGUUAGACUCGUAUCAGAUUGCACAGAGUUUGAAACAGCCAUGAUGGUAUUUUUGGGAGAUGAACCAAAGUCCUACAGAAUGUUGAGAGUGUUCAAGUUGAUUUUGUCUCAAUCUCCACAAGAAAUUUUAAAUAAUUCUGCCAUAGGAGAAACCAUACCGUACAGCCUAGUUUUAUUUUAUUUAUUUUCUUACGCUCCAGAAGAAAUGAAAUCACCACAUGAGAGUGGAAUCGAUCCGAGAAUAAAAUCUAUUGAAUCAUUAUCUGAAUAUUUAGACAAUCACGAAUCUGAAAGAGAAAAAAUUGAUUUGAUUAAUCGCACAAUGGCGAAAUAUUGCGAGUCCGUGCGACAAAUUCCAGGGAAAAAUUUUGAUUCAAUUUAUGGAGUAAUGGCUCACUUAAUUCAGAAAUUUAGAUCCACAAUUUAG